AUGCGGAACACUCUGAUCUUCGCGGGCUCAUCCUGCCCGGUUCUCACAAACAAGAUAUGUGAGAGCCUGGGCAUGCCGCCUGCAGAGGCGGAGCUCUCGCAGUUCUCUAAUGGCGAGACGAGCGUCAAGAUUCUCAACAGUGUCCGAGAGAAGGAUGUCUUCAUCGUCCAAUCGGGCAGUCCGACCAUCAAUGACACCAUCAUGGAGCUGCUCAUCAUGAUCUCGGCCUGCAAAGGCGGCUCUGCUACCAAGAUAACCGCUGUGCUGCCCUACUUCCCGUACAGUCGACAGUCCAAGAAGAAGUCACAUCGAGGCGCCAUCACCGCCAGAAUGCUCUCCAAUCUUCUGGGCGUUGCCGGAGUCAAACAUGUGAUCACUGUUGAUCUGCACGCCUCCCAGAUGCAGGGCUUCUUCAAAUGUCCUGUUGAUAACCUCCAUGCCGAGCCGCUCAUCGCCCGCUGGAUCCGUCACAACGUGCCCAAUUGGAAGGAAGCCGUGGUCGUUUCCAAGAAUGCCGGUGGGACAAAACGUGUCACGUCUCUCGCCGAUGCUUUGAAGCUCAACUUCGGCAUGGUCACAACCGACCGCAAGAGGAGCGGUCCCGGUUUGACACACAGUAUGAUCUUGAAUCAGCUGGAGAAGCUGGAGCCGUUGGAGCCGGCAGCAAACCGGAUUGCGAGGAACAGCUUCGCCGAGCCACUGACGCCGACUCCGCAGGCUGCGCGGUUACGCCGCAGCCGUCUUCAGGCAGCUGAGCAGAGUUCUCCACAGCGCGCCAACGGUUUGCAAGUGCUGACCAACGGCCAAGCGGAAAGCGCAAGCCCAUCUUCGUCGGCCAUUGCUGUUGAGGACCACGCCGACGUGCCUGCCGAGGCGCAGACUGAGGGUCAUGAUUACAAUGAUCAACGAGCUCGAGAAGUCACACACGGACGUCUUGUGCAGGGCCACAUUGUGCCCGAUGAUUUCCCGUCCCCAGCCACGUCGGCUGCAGACACAACCAUCCCUGAUGAAGAUCCUAUGGCGCAGUCCCAGGCAUCGUCCUUCUUCUCGCCAGAUGGGCACGCGCUGGGUGGGUCUGGUGAUGCAGAAGCCAGCUCCGAUGAGGAGGAAGACAAACUCAAGGACCCCAAGAUCGAACACAUGAUCACGCUCGUUGGCGACGUACGGAAUCGUACGGUGCUGAUCAUCGACGACAUGAUUGACAAGUCCGGAUCGUGGAUCGCUGCCGCCGAGACCGUCGUGAAGCGAGGCUUUGCCAAGAAGGUUUACUGCAUUGCGACUCACGGCGUCUUUGGAGGUGAUGCCCUCCAGCAAAUGCAAAAGUGCGAGUGCAUUGAUGCCAUCGUCGUCACCAACAGCUACCCCAUCAAUGAGGAAGCGGCCAGGAAUGCGUCCAAGCUUACCGUGCUCGACUUGUCAUUCCUCCUGGCUGAGGCCAUUCGACGCAGUCACUACGGUGAAUCAAUCAGUCCGCUGUUUCAACAUAUACAAGACUAG